CGAGUGUACAUUGAACGCGUCAGGAGGCAGUGGUUUCUGUAGCAGUGCAGCUAACUUCAGCGUCAGCCAUGCCUGGGAAAUGUAAAUUUCAAGACUCCUGGCUCUCUAGGGAAAUUUACAAGGACUGGCUGGUUAAGGAAGUCCAGGACAUUCACUUCGCCCGGUGUAGGGCGUGUUGUAAAUCAAUCAAACUUCAGACCAUGGGCGAGGCUGCUCUCACCAGCCAUUCAGCGGGAGCUGGCCACAAAGCAGCGGUCCGCAAGCUAGUGGAAGGAGGCAAUGUGAUGCUGAUCAAUGCUGCUGGGCAGAUAAAUGGCAGCGUGAAUCGGACUGAAGACAGCAAGGAGCAAGUGGCCAUCUGCCUCCAGCGGGACGCCUUGGACAGAAUACCAGGCAGCGACUGGGCCGAUCAGCACCACAGCCCCACCUCCCACAAUGCUGAGCUGCAGGAUGCCACAUUUCCUGCUGCCUACUUCACAGCACCAGGCACCUCCCGGCUCAUCAGCCAGCGUCUCCUCCCGACAGGCGGCGAGGGGGGGGAAGAGACCCGCCGCUCGACUCAGCAGGACCCCGCAGAUAUGUCCCGACAGGAGCACCAGCAGAGGGCCGAGGCUCUGGAGCAGCAGCAGCAGAUGAAGAUCCUGGAGUGGCAGAACAGGAUGAAGGUGCUGGCGUGGGAGCAGGAGCUGGUGAGGGAGAGGAGGAGAGCAGCGCGGCAGGAGGAGAAGGCCUUCAGGAUGAAGAAGGCGUACUACAAAGCCAAGCUAAAGAGGAUGGGAGAGGACGUUCCACCAUCUUCCUCCAGCAGCAGCGACGAAGAGGAGAAAACUUCUAAUCAGACAGGAUGAACUGAUUCUAUUUUUCAUCAGUGCUUAUUUCAUUAUUGAAUGCUUUUGUGUAUAUGCCAUGAAACUGUUGCUACUUUUACACAUGUAUUAUAAGAAGACUUUUAGUUGCUUUAAAUCAGCAGUUCUUACACAAAUACUUCUUUGAUUUUUCUGAGAUAAACUGAACUAGUUGAGUACACUUCGUUUAAUCUCAAAGUGAAAAUGAGGUUCUAGUAGACCAAAAGAAACCAUGUAAAUGGUAUCAGAUUUUGCACAUCUUUUUGAAAGGCUUCUGACAUAUGUAAAUAUUAAAAAAAUACCAUGAUCCUG